GUAGCAGAAAUAGGUUACUAAAAGCUUACUCCCAAAACAAUAUAAAUAAAGAAAAUUUUCUUAAUUAUUUACAAAUGGACCCAAAAUAUAUUCCUCAUGCUAUUAAAUCUAGUGAUCAACUUUCAGAUACCAUGGGCCACUUGAAAUUAAGGUUUUCAGCUAACCGUGACCCAAAAUUAUACAAAAGUGACACAGAGAAAUUGGAAUUGUGGAAUGCUAGUGGUGGUAUGCUUAAUGAAGAAACCUGUUCAAACUACAAAGAUUAUUUUAACAUCAGCCUCAUCAUCGAAGAUAAAGUUUCCCGUUUUGGAACCUUUUUAUUAAUGGUCCAUCCUGAAAUGAAUUUAUUUUUCUUGAAGAUGCAGGUGGAACAAGAUUUAGGCAUUCCUACUUCUUCUCAAAAAUGGAUUUUUUGCAAUGAAUUAGUUGAAAAUGAUCAUUUGACAUUAAAUGACUGUGGGAUUCUUCCAAAUUCUUCUAUGUUUUUAUAUGUUGACUCUUGCAGAGACAAAAUGAAAUGUUCUCAAAAACAAAGUCAAGACUCUAAUAAGCAAUAUAAUUCUAAAACCAAUCUCUUAAAAAAUUAUAACUAUUUGAAACCUGAUUCAAGUGACAAAACAGAUUUAAAGGGACUGAAGCGCAAUCAGGUGAAUGUUUUAAGACAUUGUGAAAUAAAUAACAUUUCUGUUGAAUCAACAGGUUUGCAGAAACAAAAGCAUGAUGCUGCAAUUGAAGACUGGUUAGUGUCUGUCCAUUUACCUCAGCACUCAUUUGGUAAUAAAGAGGAAAUUGACUUUCAGAAAUUGAAGUAUGGUGGUGCAGUUAAAAAUACUGUGCCCGUUAAUUUAACACAGCCCUUUUUAUGUAAUAAAGCUGAAAUUGGUUUUCAGAAAUUAAAGUACGGAGCUGUCAUUAAAGAUGUGCCUGUGCAAUCACCUCAGCACUCUUCUAAUAAUGAAGCUGAAAUUGAUGAGCAUAAUUUUUCAAAUUUGUUUAGCUUAAAUAUAGAAAAAGAGCAGAUUAUGACACCUAAUUGUUCAUCUACUCCGUCUCUACGAACUAAAAUUAAGAAAACAUAUAGUUUGGAAAAUCUAGAAAGAGAACAUGUGAAAACAUUGUAUGCUGAAGAGUUUCCCACAAUAGUCACACCUAGAAAAUCCAGUUUACAAAGCUUUAGAAACUUCAUUGAAAAAAUAAAAGCUGUCAAAGGGUUAAAAAGCAAUAUAAGUUUAGGCAUCUCACAUGGUCCUUUGAGAGAAAAUUCUAAAACAAUUUCUUCUUCGCUUAUUUGUGAGCAGAGUAAAGAUGUCAGUCACAACGACUCAACUCAACACUUAGUUCCUAUUGAUGAAACACAAAUAUCUUUUUCUAAAAAUAUAAAUUCAGUUGAUAUAAACCCAGAGAAUUGUGAGAAUGAAAAACUGGAUUCAUUUUCGAGAUGUAUUUCUAAAGAACUAACCGAAGCUGAAACGCGUGACAUAACUGUCCCUGAUUUAUCCCAGAAUUCAGUUGAACAACCUGGUAAAUCUCUCACUGAAGAAGAAAAACUUUUAGAGCAUAACUUGACUCUUAUUUCAGUUGAUAAUUUUGAGGAUCAAGAUAAUACUAAGGGUGAAUAUCAAAGUACAUUACAAAGUUGUAUUUUAGAAAAUCAAACAUUGCAUACUUCUGCUACCAAUUUAUUGGAAGAUGUUAUUUAUAUCGAUUCUACAUCAACAAAUCAAAAUGAACUGGAAACUCCUUCUGAAAGUGAAAACUCAGAAAUUGAGAAUAGUUUGGAUUUGAACAAUGCUGAACAACAAAUGAAUUGUUACAAAUUGGAAGAAGAAUUGGCUGAAAAUUUUAAAAUGUGGCAACAAAUUGAAAACCAGAGUUUAGUCAAGAAUGCUGAAAAAUUUGCAUGUCCUGUUUGCUUCCAGGAAGUAGAAAGUGGUGAAGGUGUGAUUUUGCAUGAAUGCCUCCACAUGUUUUGUCUUGAUUGCCUGCAAAAGACAGUAGAAUAUUCUGAAGAUAUCAUUGUUAAUUGCCCUUUUCGUAAUGAGGAUUAUUCUUGUCCAAGUAAUCUGCAACAUCGGGAAAUAAAGGCUCUUGUCUCUGAGCAUGUUUAUGACAGAUAUUUACAAAGGAGCAUUAAUACAGCCAAAAGUAUUGCAGAGAAGAGUUUUCAUUGCAAGACCUUAAACUGUGAUGGAUGGUGCCUAUUUGAAGAAAACUUUAAUAUCUAUCACUGUCCUGUGUGCUCUCACUAUAACUGUUUGAACUGCAAUGCCAUCCACGAAGGACUCAACUGCAAACAAUAUCAGGAAAAACUAAAGAACCAAAAAGAAUUAGACAGUGAUUCAGUAAAGUCACUUGCAUUGUUAAAUAAACUGAUUGAAGAUGGCAAAGCCAUGAAAUGUCCAAAGUGUGAUCUUAUACUCAUGAAAAGAUGGGGCUGUGAUUGGUUGAAGUGUAGUGUGUGUUUGACAGAGAUUUGUUGGAUUACAAAAGGCCCACGAUGGGGUCCUGCUGGUCAAGGGGAUACUAGCGCAGGCUGCAAGUGUGGUGUAAAUGGCAUUAAAUGUCAUCCAUCCUGCACUUAUUGCCACUGAUUAAAUAAUAUGUAUUCAAAUAAAAGUCUUCUAACUGUAACUGUGCUUUUUAUAUUGAUUUGAUGAAUAGUUUGCCAAAACUAUGACAUUGAAUAAUUUUUGACCUUGUGCUUGGAUUUUCGUGUAUUUGAAUGCUAAUCUUAAUUAUUUGUUAUCGUAUAUUUUGAUAGCUUGCAAUCGUGAUUACGUGUAAUCGCGAUAACAGGUAUUUAUAAUUACUUGUUGCCUCAUCUUUUGAUUAAUUGGUAACAUGUAAUUCUAUAUUUUGAUCACGUGUAGCCAUGAUUACCUGCAGUCGUUUCUUCUUUUGACUAUAUUUAAUCAUGACUACAUGUAAUCAGAGAUGGUUACUUGUAAUCGUAAUUGCUUGUCAUUGCAAUUACAAGUAAUUAAUUACCUAAUGGUAACCAUAUGUAAGCAAUUACAGAUAUUAUCGAUUGCUGUAAUAUACAUGGUUUGAGGCAAAUAUUUCACAUAUACUUAUUUAUCACAGUUCAACAAUGUAAUAUUUACACAUACAAUGCACUAUUUAUCUCCAUAAUGGAGGUGCACAUAGGAUUACCAAUGGUUAAGGAAACCUGGAAUUUUAGAGAUUUAGAUUUUUUUUAGGGGGGGGGGAGGAAAGGUCAGAGAAAUAUUUUUUUUUCAGUCAAAGACUGGAAAAAUCUUGCAACGAAUCUGGUAAAUAACCAAUCUUAAAUCUCAGAGGAGCGCAAGAUAGUCAGUGAAAUAACUAAGCCUAGCAUUUACUAUUAUUCCUUGUAAAAUUCUGCUGCAGCAUUAUUAAAUUUUCAUAGAUUUAUUGAAUUUCGAUAAUAAUCUGUACACUUUCUUACUUCAAUUUUUUUUUAAUACAGCGCAUAUAUUAAAUUCUGUUCACUAGGCUCAUAACAAUAUUUUUUUUAUAAAAUUAAGCUCUCUGUAUAAAUCACUAUUAAGAUAUAACCACUAUUAUGAUAUACGAGGGCUACAUUACAGAUUUGACUGUAUUAAUAUUUUAUAUCACAUUUAGUUUUUAAAUUUUUCCUGUUCUUAUUCUAAAUAUUGCUCCUACUUAUAAUUUAUACAGUUUUGUAUUUUAAAAUCUACAUAAAUCCUUUGUCUAGUGAAAUUUGUUUUUACUAAUUGUAAAAUUUGACUUUCUUUUCCAACAAAAAGUAACUUAUUAAUGCAUAUUUAUUUAAAUAUUCCUAAUGAAAUAUUGUCAUGUUUAACAAAAAAUGAGAUCUGAAAUCUGUCAUUUUCUAAGGAAAGAUAUGAACUUUUAUUUCUGAAAUUAAGUUGGAUUCUUGUUAUACCAAAAUAAUUGUUUGUAAUUUUUAACUGAAUUAUUUAUGCUCUAAUUAUAUAUUGUGUUUAACUUUAUUGUAAAAUGAAAGCUGUUAAACCAACUUAAUUUGCAUGUUUUGAGGACGUUUCCUUUAACAUACUUACAUUUCAAAACUCAGCUUUCAUAGAAUAUAACAAAUGAAUCAGGACGAAUUGCAAACUUCCAUUUUUUGUCUAAUGUGUUAAGUGUUUACCUUCUGAUUAGUGAAGUUAUAAUCACAGUUUUAGCUUAUGUUUCACUUCUGUUAUUACGAUCUCAUAGGAUGCCCAUAAGAUUUUUUACAUUGAGGUAAAGGGUAUAUAUUUUAUAUAUGUGCAUAGUAAGAUGUGUAUAAAUGUAUGGAAAUAAAUUAUUUGAAGCU